UUUCCUUUAUCAAUCAGCACUUACUGAACUUACCAGCAUUGACUGUGGAAUCCUUAAGGGCCCAUUAAAUAUCUGAAGAAAAAAGCUAAGAUGAAGGACAUGCCACUCCGAAUUCAUGUGCUACUUGGCCUAGCUAUCACUACACUAGUACACGCUGUAGACAAAAAAGUGGAUUGCCCACAGUUAUGUACGUGUGAAAUCAGGCCUUGGUUUACACCCAGAUCCAUUUAUAUGGAAGCAUCCACAGUGGAUUGUAAUGAUUUAGGUCUUUUAAACUUCCCAGCGAGAUUGCCUGCCGACACACAGAUUCUGCUCCUACAGACUAACAAUAUUGCAAAAAUUGACUAUUCCAUAGACUUUCCAGUAAACCUCACUGGCCUGGACUUAUCUCAAAACAAUUUAUCUUCAGUCACCAACAUUAAUGUAAAAAAGAUGUCUCAGCUCCUUUCUGUGUACCUAGAAGAAAACAAACUUACUGAGCUGCCUGAAAAAUGUCUGUCUGGACUAAGCAAUUUACAAGAACUCUACAUUAAUCACAACUUGCUUUCUACAAUUUCACCCGGAGCCUUUAUUGGCCUACAUAAUCUUCUUCGGCUUCAUCUCAAUUCAAAUAGACUGCAGAUGAUCAACAGUAAGUGGUUUGACGCUCUUCCAAAUCUAGAGAUUCUGAUGAUUGGGGAAAAUCCAAUCAUCAGAAUCAAAGACAUGAACUUUAAGCCUCUUAUCAAUCUUCGAAGCCUGGUUAUAGCUGGUAUAAACCUCACAGAAAUACCAGAUAAUGCCUUGGUUGGCCUUGAAAACUUAGAAAGCAUCUCUUUUUAUGACAACAGGCUUAUUAAAGUGCCCCAUGUUGCUCUUCAGAAAGUUGUUAACCUCAAAUUUUUGGAUUUAAAUAAAAAUCCUAUUAAUAGGAUACGAAGGGGUGACUUCAGCAACAUGCUACACUUAAAGGAGCUGGGGAUAAAUAACAUGCCCGAGCUGAUUUCCAUCGACAGCCUUGCUGUGGAUAACUUGCCAGAUUUAAGGAAAAUAGAAGCUACAAACAAUCCCAGAUUAUCUUACAUUCACCCCAAUGCAUUUUUCAGACUCCCUAAACUGGAAUCACUCAUGCUGAACAGCAAUGCCCUCAGUGCCCUGUAUCAUGGUACAAUUGAGUCUCUGCCAAAUCUUAAAGAAAUCAGCAUACACAGCAACCCCAUCAGGUGUGACUGUGUCAUCCGUUGGAUUAAUAUGAACAAAACCAAUAUUAGAUUUAUGGAGCCAGAUUCACUGUUUUGUGUGGACCCACCUGAAUUCCAAGGCCAGAAUGUUAGGCAAGUGCACUUCAGGGACAUGAUGGAAAUCUGCCUCCCUCUUAUAGCUCCUGAGAGCUUUCCUUCUAACCUGGAUGUAGAAGCUAAGAGCUAUGUUUCCUUACACUGCAGAGCUACUGCAGAGCCACAGCCUGAAAUCUACUGGAUAACACCCUCUGGUCAAAAACUCUUACCUAAUACUCUAAUAGACAAGUUCUAUGUCCAUUCGGAAGGCACGCUAGAUAUAAGUGGCAUAACCCCAAAAGAAGGGGGUUUAUAUACUUGUAUAGCAACUAACCUAGUUGGUGCUGACUUGAAGUCUGUUAUGAUCAAAGUGGAUGGUUCUCUUCCCAGGGAUAACAAUGGAUCUUUGAAUAUUAAAAUAAGAGAUAUUCAGGCCAAUUCAGUUCUGGUGUCUUGGAAAACAAGUUCUAAAAUUCUCAAAUCCAGUGUGAAGUGGACAGCCUUUGUCAAGACUGAAAAUUCUCAUGCUGCUCAAAGUGCUCGAAUACCAUCAGAUGUCAAGGUAUAUAAUCUUACCCAUCUGAACCCAUCAACUGAGUAUAAAAUUUGCAUUGAUAUUCCCACCAUCUACCAGAAAAGUAGAAAACAAUGUGUAAAUGUCACAACAAAAGGUUUGGACCCAGAUCGAAAACAGUAUGAAAAGAGUAACUCCACAACGUUCAUGGCCUGCCUUGGAGGCCUCCUCGGGAUUGUUGGUGUGAUCUGUCUGUUCAACUGCCUCUCUCAAGAAACGAACUGUGAUGGUGGACAUAGCUAUGUGGGGAAUUACUUACAGAAUCCAACCUUUGCAUUCAGUGAGCUUUAUCCUCCUCUGAUAAACCUUUGGGAAGCAGGUAAAGAAAAAAGUACAUCACUGGAAGUGAAAGCAACUGUCAUAGGAGUGCCAACAAAUAUGCCCUAAAUCAACAACCAAUAAAAUGACUUCGAAGAAACGCUCAAGACUUGCAGUUGUGCUUAACAAAGAAAGGCAGAGAAAUAUUACUUUCUAGAAUGACAGUUUAAGCUUCACCAAUGCUGCUCCUGACCAAUGGAAAUAUGUACAAGUUCAGCAUUUUAAGUAACUGGCUUCAAAGGGUACUGUGGCAACCAAAUAAAAUAAUUCCAUUUUCUAGAACUUUCACGUAACUUUUAUGUCUGGACUACAGUUAAAGUGGACAAAAACAUUUCUGUAUUUUUUUUUAAGUAUAUAAGAGUAGUUGAACUGAGCAAUACCUCCUCCUGUGUUGUAUUACACAUAUUAGCCACGAGUUUUUGCAGUGACCAGAUAAACUUGAAUUGACACGUGGUGUA